AUGCCGUUCGGGUUAAAAAAUGCCGGGGCCACAUACCAGAGGACGGUAAACAAGAUGUUUGCCCAUCAAAUCGGCAGAAACAUGGAAGUCUACGUGGACGACAUGAUUGUGAAAAGCCGAGAGGCCGGAACGCACCUUGCCGACCUGGCCGAGGCCUUCGCCACGCUGCGCAAGUUCGGCAUGCGGCUCAACCCCACAAAGUGCGCUUUCGGCGUCACCUCCGGGAAGUUCCAAGGAUUCAUUCGAUUCAACGGAAGACUUGUCGCCCUGUCCCGCUUCCUCGCCCGAUCGGGCGAUCGCUGCCUCCCGUUCUUCAAGGCGCUCAAAAACCCGAAGAAUUUCCAAUGGACAUUGGAAUGCGAGGAGGCUUUAAAGCAGAUAAAGCAGCACCUGGCCAGCCUCCCUCGGCUCGCCUCUGUCUCCCCCGGCGAGAAGCUGGGACUCUACCUAGCAGCCUCCCCGCAUGCGGUCAGCUCCGUCCUUGUCAAGGAAAGCUCCGGCCCGCAACUCCCGAUCUACUACGUCAACCACGUCCUGAGUGGACCUAAAGAGCGCUACCCGCCGAUAGAAAAACUCGCACUCGCCCUGGUGCUCUCGGCUCGGAAGUUGUGCCCUUACUUCCAGGCGCACCCGGUGGAAGUCAUCACCGACCAGCCUCUCCGGCAGGUCUUAACAAAAUUCGAUGUUGCAGGUCGGCUCCUCCGAUGGGCGGUGGAGCUCGGUGAACAUGAUAUCAGUUACGUACCCAGGACCGCCAUGAAGGCCCAGGCAGUAGCCGACUUCGUCGCGGAGUUAGCUCCGAUGGACAGAGAUCCCGAGCAAACCCCCGAGGCUUGGAUCCUACACGUGGACGGCUCGGCCAACUCGAGUGGUGCCGGAGUGGGGCUGGUCCUCCUCGCCCCUGACGGACGCUCGUUCGAGCGUUCCCUCCGCUUCAGGUUUAAAGCCACUAAUAACGAGGCGGAAUACGAGGCACUCCUAGCGGGAUUGAGGCUGGCCCUCGAGAUGCAGGUGGACGCAAUACAUGUCCUCACCGACUCGCAACUUGUGGCCAAACAGCUCAGCGGUGGAUAUGAAGCUCGGGACGCAACCAUGGCCAAAUACCUGGCACGGGUAAGAGACCUAACCGCGAGAUUCCCUUACUUUACAUUAUCUAAUGUUCCGAGGGAGGAAAACGAGCGAGCCGAUGCGCUCGCUAAGCUGGCGUCAAGACAAACCCCCGAAGCGUGGCCAGAGAUUGAGGAGCUCCCCGCUCGCGCCAUCGAAGUAGCGACUAUGGCCCCAGGCGGUGCGCCGACCACGUGGGUGCAAGAGUUGCUGCGCUUCAAGCGGGAUGGAACUCUCCCCCUCGACGAAGUCGCAGCUCGGCGUCUGCGCCGCACACACGCGUGGUACGCCGAGGAGAGUGGUCGGCUUUACAAACGGUCCUUCACCCAUCCCCUCCUGCGAUGCUUGGAGCCUGACGAAGCACGGACAGUCCUGGCCGAAACUCACGAGGGGGUCUGCGGCGAACACAUCGGCGGACGAACCUUGGCGCACAAGAUACUCCGCCAAGGCUACUACUGGCCAACCAUGUGCCGAGAUGCGAAAGCCUACGUUCAGCAGGCCAUUAUCACCGACAACGGACCUCAGUUCGCAGGCACAAGGUUCCGGGAAUUCUGCGCCAGUCAUGGCAUUCAACUAAGGUUCAGCUCGGUGGCCCACCCUCAGACGAACGGGUUGGCCGAGGUAACCAACAAGUCCAUCUUAGAUGGCCUCAAAAGAAGAGUGUCUGCGGCCCGAUCGACCUGGACGGACGAGCUCCCCAGUGUGUUAUGGUCGCUGCGCACCACUCCCAAGACUGCGACCGGAGAAUCCCCGUACAGCUUGACGUUCGGAACCGAGGCCAUCCUACCACCCGAGAUGGCUAUCGCCAUGCUUCGGACGAGGAGCUACGACGAGGAAGCCUCGAACCAGGGACUUCGCGCCAGCCUCGACAUGCUCGAGGAGCGACGCACCGACGCGCACCUGAAGGCCCUCUCUCACCAGAGAGCCGUCGCCAGGGUCUACAACAGAAAAUUAUGA